UGAAUUUCUACCAGUUUACAUUGAGAAACUGUUGGCGACAUCGAGAACAUAACGGACGGAAGUUAACGGAAGCUAAUCCAUCUAGCGUCUCACCUAACAGCGCCUUAUAGAACGAUCAAGGAUAUCGUCGUAUAGCUAUAUAGAAGCGAAACACAGGAAACUGUUCUCCAGUUGCGUUUCAGAACUCUUCGCUUUAAGUUCCGUUUGUGUGUUUGUGCUAACAAGCUGAGUGUGACAUCGAAAUCAACGUGAUUUAAACCACACACAAAAACCCCAACAUGGAUAUCCCAGGGAGUACUCUCACAGAAUCCAGCAAACAGUUAAACGUUUCGGAGUUUUACCGCGACGCCGUGGUGCUCGUUACCGGCGGUACCGGCUUUCUCGGCAAAGUGCUGGUGGAAAAGCUGCUCCGAAGCAUGGCCGUCAAGAAGGUGGUGCUGCUAGUGCGGGAAAAGCGUGGCACCAGCGUACCGGAGCGAUUGCGUCAGCUGAUUUCCGAUCCAAUAUUCGAUAAGAUACGAGAGUCUGAAGUGCAUCCCAGCAAAGUGUUCGCAAAGCUGGAAGCCGUUGAGACGGACUUUACGACGGAGGAGUUCGUCAAGGAACCUUACAAAACGGAUCUACUCAACGAGACACAGAUUGUUUUCAAUGUCAUGGCUACGGUAAGGUUUGACAUGUCGUUUCAAACCGUUUUGGACACCAAUGUGACCAGCGCCGAACGGUUGUACACCUUCCUACGGCAAGCGCGCCAUCUGAAGGCGAUCGUACACGUCUCCACCUUCUACUCGAACUGCGACCGAGCCCACAUCGAAGAGUGCGUGUACGACGACAUACGGUACGGCGGCUGGGAUCACAUUCGACGCAUCCUGCAACCGCUGACGGAGGCGGAAAAGGCCAAACUGAUGCCCUCGAUCAUUGCCCCACUGCCCAACAACUACACGUUCAGCAAGAAGUGUGCGGAGGUGAUGAUACAGAAGCGCUUCUCUGACCUACCGAUCGGUAUCUUCCGCCCACCGAUUGUGACGCCCGCCUACCGAGAGCCCGCGCCCGGAUGGGUCGAUAGCCUGCAGAGUGUGACAGCGUUGUGCAUUCCGAUACUAAAACAACGGCUGCUUUGGUACUACGGGGAUCCUUCUGCGUGUCCGGCAUUGGCACCGGUGGACUACUGCAUUGCCGGCCUGAUCACUGCCGCCUGUGACGUGAGCCAUCGGCAGGAGGAAAAGCGUGUGCUGGAAUCGUUCGAUCGACAGGGUGCUGAGCCACCGGUGUACAACUUUUACUUCGACAAGCAGCUCAUCUCCUGGCAGCAGUUUAUUGGACUUGUUGGGGCGAGUCUUCCGACCCAUAGUGGACGACUGUUUAGAAAUGUUCGUAUGCGGGUAACCCGUUGUCGAAUUCUGUCGCUCAUUACGUUCUGGUGGAUGUACCUUCAAGCCUACAUUGGGGACCUUUUCCUAACAAUUCUCAAAAAGCCAAAAUGUAAUGUUAGAAUGGCGACGGGUCUGAAAAUGGUAGCCGACGCCUCCGAACACUUUCGAUGCCUCACGUGGACAGCGCGAAACGAUAACGUCAAGCGCAUGAGGCACUUGCUUUCCAGGGCGGAUGAAGCAGUGCUCGAGUUUGAUGUCGAUCGAAUUGACCUGGUAGAGUACUACAAACAUUAUACGGCCGGGCUGUUUGAUCUGCUGAAGAGAAAAGAGCUUCAGCGAAUACAGAAAAAGAAGCUUGAAUGUUAAGCCGAUUCGAACGAUAAGUCUCUUAGUAUUAAGAAUAAUUAACAUGUCAUUAUAUUGAAUAGGAUGGAUACAUUAAAAAUAAAAUUGUCAGACUGUUAUUAUAUUUAAAAAGGCUUAUGGCGUCAGGAG